UAUGACGUCAUGUAAGUCAUUCAUAUGUGCGAAAGUACUACAAUAAUAUACUUUCGUAAAUCAUGGUAUUUAUUCCAAGAGGGUGAUCCAAAAUCAUAACGAAAAAUAAAAAAUUCAACAAAUACUAAAUCUAAGUAUAAAGAUGAAUGAUUACAUCGAAGAAUAUUUUUUUGAUAAUUUACAUCAUUGUUCACUUCUUGAAGAUACAUCGUUUGCGUGUGCGGAUUUAUUACCUGUAACCGAAGAUGGUGUGCCAAUUAGAAAAUUGUUUAUUAGCAAUUUAGCAGAAAGAACUACGUACAAAGAUCUUAUUAAAUUAUUUUCUGAAUAUGGGGAUGUUGAAAGUUGUUACUUGCAAAGAAAUCAAGGAAAUCAGGGAAAAUCAAGUAACUAUGCAUUUCUUACUUUCAACAGUGUAGAAGCGGCUAUAAGAGCUAGAUAUGAGGAAGGAAUAAGAUUGCAUAAUAGAAAUUUAAAAGUUGUACCAGCUGACUCGUGGCAUCAACCAGAUAACAUAGAAAAUCAAUAUUAUAAUUCUAAAGAUAAGUAUAAAACUGAGAAGAAACAAUCAAAUGAACAAUGUAAUCAAGAUUACGUGCAAAAUGAUAUUACAGAUAUUUGUAUUCAAACUUUAAAUGAUGACUGUUUAAUGCAUAUCUUUCUUCAGUUGCCAAUUGUAGAUAGAAUUAGAAUAGAAAGAGUAUGUAAAAGAUGGAGAGCAUUGAGUCAGGAAUCUUGGCGUAGUGUAAAAAGACUGGAUUUGUCAUAUUUGAUGUGGGGUUCCUUGCCCAGUAUAAAGCGAAGGGAAAUUAAUACCGGAACUCUUCGCAAAGUAUUAUUACGAUGUGGUCGUUUUUUAAAUGAAAUAAGUUUGUCACAAAUACCUCGUCAAUUAAAUCAAAGUACACUGACCAUAGUUGGGAAAUUAUGUCCAAAUUUACAAAGAAUUGAUGUAACUGAUCUCACUGUUUCUGCAUCUGGUAUAAACUCGUUAACAAACAACUGUCAUGAUAUCACUAGACUUAGUCUUGGUUCAACCACUCAUAUCUGUGAUAUGGAUUUGCAAAAAUUAUUUGAAGUAAAUCCGAAAUUGCGUUAUUUCAAAGUGGUCUAUGGUAAAAUAUGUGGAAGAUGUUUAGCUUAUUUACCUUCAGAAACAAUGGAAGAAAUUGUUUUGGAAAGCUGUACCUAUCUUCAAGAACAUUUCCUAUCACAGGCAAUUGCAAAAUUACAAAAUUUGAAAUCUCUCACAAUUCACAAAUGUGUGGACAUUUCUGGCAAUGUCAUUCAAGCUAUUUGUACACAUUGUACAAAUUUAAAAACAUUAGAGCUUUCUAGUAUAUCAUUUUUGAUACAGUCCAAUGAUAUGUUACACAUAACACAGUUGUGUAAUCUUGAAGUUCUAAAAAUCAGUAUGAACAUAGUUGUCAUGGAUGAACUUCUUACUAAUUUGGCAUUAAAAUGUUUACGUCUUACUUAUGUAGAUAUUGCUGAAUGUUUUUUUGUCACAAACGUUGGUGUAGCAGCUAUAGCAACAUUACCAAAAUUAGAAGUAUUAAUAAUGAAUUAUUUGCAAAUAAUAACGGACAUGAAUUUGCGAGAUAUGAGUAAUCUGAAAAGAUUAGAAUGUCGUGGCUGCAAAUUUACAGAUAAAACUAUGACAGAACUUAUUGGAUCUGCACCUCGGUUAGAAUUGCUAGAUUUAUCAGGGUGCCGUGGUAUCACAAAUUUAACAUUAAACAAAGCUGCAACAGUUACAAUUAAUCGAACUAACAAUACAAUUUUAAAAAUAUUCGUUGGUGGAACUUCUGUAAAUCUUAAUAUGUUUGAUAAAGUAUCCCCAUUUUUGCAAGUAGUUAAUGUAAAUCUUUCUAGGCGUAACUCAUUUUGUACACCAUUUGUACCUCAAUAAACUGUAUAACAUAAAAAUUUCAUAAAAGAAUAUAAAACAC